CGCGCCUGCAAUGGUCACGUGAAGGGGGUCCAAUAAAAUCGUCCAACGCUCUUCUUGCUGGUUAUGGAGUUAAAACGAAUGAUUGCAAAUAAUCUCAAGUUUAUAGAAAAAAAGGUACGGGUAAUAGAUGACUAAACAUUUUUUUCGCUUGUUGGAUUUCCAUCGAUUAUUGCAGGGGAAAAAAAGGAGCUGCGUUGCUGUCUGUGCUCAUUUAUUAACAACAGAGUUGAACGUAGCAUGCCCAGGCUUUAGACAAAUCCAGACAAAGAAAUUCAGAACCAACCUAAUAUUACAGCGGCAGUGAUAACAUACAAUAACUUCCAUUGCAUGCACAAAAAAACUAUACCAACCUUUGACUUUCUUAACAUGCGCUUGAACAAACAUUUUAACUCUUACUGUGGCUACAUAAUAAUAAAGACAUCAAAGCUAUUAUCAGACUAAGAUAAUUUUUGCAUUUUAACUAAUACCCACACAGAAAGUACAGUCGCACGAACAUGAAGGUAUAGUCUACGAACGUAAAAUAUCAAAAGUCAAAUCAUGCAUUUUUAGACUGGAUGGAUAGAUGAUUACAACAUAGGAUGUAUCUUAAGAAGUGAGUUAAAACCCGCCGUCCUCGGAUGAUAUAAAUCCAUUUAACGCAAACAGCUGCUCAAAUUGUCCCAGAACGUUAACAUUUCUUUCCAGUUGAAAAAAGCAUCACUUGACAUUUUUUUUUCAUGCAAGUACUGUCCGAAAAACGAACACAAAAGCGCGUGAACAAUAAAUAAAAUAGAGAUUAUGAGCGCGUCCCAGUCCCUCGCAGUCAGCUCCGUUCUGUGAGGAGGCCCUUUUAGAUUGACCCCUUUCCGAAAUGCCCAGAGCUCGCUUUGUAUUUCCUUUAAAAAUUCCCAGACACCCACACAGGGUUACAGCCUAUCUGUUUCCACUAUUCUUUUAGGCGAGAAAAACGGCGAGACGAAAGCUCGAUCGGGCUGCAAAGCCGAAACACCGCGAAGCCGAAUUCAGAUCAAGGCUAGCUGCAACACAGUUCAGUUUUAAUCUCUAACCCUAUCGAUGCGAAGCGCCAGCAGAACGUUUCCAAUGCAGAAAAAAAAUAUUUCUUGGUGGAAAAAAAAAAUAUCCACAAAUCUACGAGGGAAUAAUGGGGGUUUUCUUUGUUGUGAUCUUGGAGGAAAAAGGCGAAUUCUUGAGGGUGGCUGCUGUCAAGCGCUUUGCCGGCGAAAAGAUUGAUCACCCCUGCUGCCUCUCCACUCCUGCUCUAAAAAUAUCUACCCCCUUUCCCCAUUCGUUUUAAACUUUGACGCAACCAAUUUUGCUUAGUUUUUUCACCCGCUAACAUUAUAUCGCUGCUUUCUCCGUCCGAGGCGCGAUAGAAAUUCAAGUCAACACGUAAGCGAUUUCCAUUCUGAACGCGACCUCGCGAUGAACUUUUGGUUGUUGUCAGAGUCAACAAACGUUUAACGCACACAGCCGGCGACUAUUUUUCGUACCGCGGCCUAUUGCGUUUCAUAAACGAACAAUAUAUGUACAGACAUAUUAUUUGACUAUGAUUCUAUAACCUGGAUUUAGUGCAGACUUACGCGCUUUAACGUCCCAGUUUUCAGAAAUUCUUCGGAGGCCGUGUUUAAAAAAAAUUACAAAAAUAAAAUUAAAGGCAAACCCCCAAAUAAUUUAUUUGAUUCGUAAUGGCUGGGAAUCUCCCAUUCGGCAAAAGUGGCGGACACUCUCAACAUCACUCUCGCGCACCCUUAUUUAUGUGCUUGAUAAAAGAAAUAUUUCUACACCUACGUGCAUCUCUUGUCUGUUGCUCUUGUCAAAAGUUUUAAGAUUAAUGACCCUUGAUUGUAAAUACGCAAGAAGCCAUAUUGUGGAUGUACUUAUCAGGCAAGGCCUGUGAAUUACAUCACCGGCAGUUCUGCAUUCGGCUUGUUAUUGUCUAACACGAGAGGCCUGCGCUUUACCUCUAACGAUGAAACAGAACUGACCGGACACAUGGCAACCGAGAGCCUUUUUAAAAUUAUUAUUUCGUCCGUGUUACAAUAAGAACUGAAUUAUAAUAUCCUGCUGUAUUUUUUUUUUAUCAAUUCAGACAAAUAUUGCUUUCUUUUGCCACCAGGCCCCGAAUUGCGAUUGGCUGAGACGAGUCACGUGACCAGGAAUUGGCUGCAAUUUCGCCCAUAGUCUUCAGUUUAGUAGACCCUGGUCCCCAUACGCUAGUAAUAUCACCAAUAUACACAAUUAUUAAAGCCCGCAAAUGCCGCCAUAGCAGGAACGCAAAAUAAAUCCUAGGCUUUUGGAUGUUAUUUUUUGCGUAUGUUGGUGUCGCUGGACGCCCUUUUUGCCCAGGCGAAGCGAUGAAUUUUGAAUUUGAGAGGGAGAUUGGGUUCAUCAACAGCCAGCCUUCCCUUGCAGAGUGCCUGACGUCUUUCCCCGCUGUCCUGGAGUCAUUUCAAACUUCAUCAAUCAAGGACUCGACAGCAAUUCCACCUCCUUUCGAGCACACCAUCCCUAGUCUGAGUCCCUGCACAGGCAACCAGGCGCGACCGAGGAGCCAAAAGCGAACUGCCUCCAAUGGCCUCCAGCUCCGGACGCAAACAGCACCGCCGACGCAGCACCAGCAAGGCCCGGCCCCGCUGUCGGGUGGCGCGCCCCUGGCCCACGAGUUCCCAUGGAUGAAAGAGAAAAAAUCCUCGAAGAAGUGCCCCAAGCCCGGAGCCACUGCUGCUGCGGCAGCAGCCUCCCCUUCUCAGGCAUCCUCCGGCUACACGACCGCGGGAUUGGAGUCCCCGACAGAGGCUCAAGGCGGGCUGGAUAAUGGCAGCGGUUCGCGGAGGCUGAGGACCGCAUACACCAACACGCAGCUACUUGAACUGGAGAAGGAGUUUCACUUUAACAAAUACCUCUGUCGGCCCCGGCGCGUAGAAAUAGCGGCGCUUUUGGAUCUAACCGAGCGCCAAGUCAAAGUGUGGUUUCAAAAUCGACGCAUGAAGCACAAAAGACAAACGACGCACCACCGGGACGGGCAAGAAGGCGAGCCCAGCGGUUUCGAGCUCCUGGAGGGAGCCGACGCCGCCUCGCCGUAUUCGAGCCAGUCGUUGGAAGCGUCUGGCUCCGGUUCCGCGGCAGCCUCCGAGAGCGAGGCUUGCCCGACGGCCGCCUCCUACACGAGCAGCGCGGACAAAAGCCAGCCCACGCCCGAAGAGGGCCAGGCGAACCAGUCGGAGCCUGCAUCUGUUCCUGACACAGCGGUUCACUCCCCCCCGUACCCGACGCCUACUGCAGAUAACCCCAGCACAAUGGCCGAGGGCCGAGCAGCUGGGCCGGAGCAUUCGUUCACAGAGCCGCAGGACGCCCCCUCUCUUCCCGAUUUGAAUUUCUUUUCGACGGACUCCUGCCUACAGAUUUCGGACGCUUUAUCGCCGAGCUUGCAGAGCUCGCUGGACAGCCCAGUCGACUUCUCCGAGGAAGAUUUCGACUUGUUUACGAGCACCCUUUGUACUAUAGAUCUGCAGCAUUUACAGUUCUGAACUAUCACGACAUCCCAACGCACACGAGAACAAUCGAACUCGAUCCGAUUGCAGUGUCCCGAAUCCUCCUCGACAUUCCUAUAAUAAGACAUUAACACGUCAAACGAGACAGCUCCCUAAACCGUUCUUUUUAAAAAAAAAAAAAAAAAAAAACAAAAACAAAAGAGGCGUGAAACGACGCCUAAAAGGAAAUAAAUUGUCCAUUAUUUUGAAAAUACGAUGAUGUAAUCUUUUUGAAUACACAUCGGGAUGGCCCCUGUCGAAGUUUCAGGUAUUUUAUUGCCUUCUGAUUUUCGGGUUUUAGUUUAUGUCGACUAACAGAUGAAUGGUUGCGGACUUUUUCAGUGAAACUCAAUCAUUGGAAUCUCAGGAAUUGUGUCUGACAUAAGAGUAGUUGAACUGCUUUUAGAAAUUCUCCCGAGGCGGGCGUCGUCCCCAUCGAAUAAUUUUAGAACUAGUUUAUUUAUUGAGAUUCUUUAAUAGUAAAUUUCAAAUUUAUUUAUUGUACGUUAUUUUCAUAGCUGAAAUAAUAAAAAAAAUAAUAAAAAUACACAUAAAUUGGUGGAGCGAGUGUGGUUGAUUUUC